AUGCCCGCCCUCUCCCUUCCCGUCAACAACAACGUUGCACUUGACGACACUGAAGGAUUCGCUAGAAUUAGUGCUAUAGUUGACGGUCAGUGGAGUCGUGGACAAGCACAGAUGGCCGUGUUAGCCGUUAUGUUGGUAGCGAUAGUAGUUUUAAUGGUAGCUAUAACUACAUCAGAGUUCUUCAAGAGAAAAUCUCGUGGAAGCGGUUCGCAACACGAAUGCAAGAAAGUGACAACACCGGAAGUUCCAACGUCUCCACAGUUCGUCUCACCCCCAUCGGCAGUGGUGGUGAAGUCUUCUACCUGA